AAGAGUGGUCGAAAGAUGCAGUGCCUCGUCAAGCAAAAUGGUGGUACUCAGCUUUCCACAGUGUUACUGCCAUGGUGGGUGCAGGCGUACUCAGCUUGCCUUAUGCCAUGGCCUACUUAGGAUGGGGCCCAGGAGCUGUUGUCUUGGUCAUGUCAUGGUGUAUCACUUUAUACACUAUGUGGCAGAUGGUAGAGCUCCACGAAUGCGUACCAGGGAUCCGCUUCGAUCGAUACUACGAACUAGGCCAGUAUGCCUUUGGACCCAAACUGGGGCUAUGGGUAGUGCUUCCCCAGCAGCUGAUUGUCCAGGUGGGGUGCGACAUCGUAUACAUGGUCACUGGGGGAAAAUGUCUCAAGAAAUUUUUGGAGAUUGCCUGCCCCAACUUCACCAAACUGCGCCAAUCCUACUGGAUUUGUAUCUCCGGCUCUAUCCACUUCUUUCUUUCUCAGCUCCCCAAUAUCAACUCGGUCGCCGGUGUUUCUCUGGCUGCAGCGGUUAUGUCACUUAGCUAUUCGACCAUAUCUUGGGUGGCUUGCUUGAGUCGAGGGCCAAUUGCCAACGUGAGCUAUGCGUACAAGAAAUCCAGCCCUACAAAUUCAAUGUUCAGGAUCUUUAAUGCUUUGGGGCAGAUCUCAUUUGCCUUUGCAGGCCACGGAGUCAUUCUUGAGAUUCAGGCCACGAUUCCAUCCACCCUUGAAAAGCCUUCCAAGAUAUCGAUGUGGAAAGGUUCCAUCGUUUCUUAUUUUAUAACAGCCAUUUGCUACUUCCCAACUGCGCUUGUUGGAUAUUGGGCUUUCGGCCAUGAUGUCGAAGACAAUUUGCUCUUAGCACUCAAAAGUCCGGAAUGGCUCAUUGCCUCCGCCAACUUGAUGGUAGUAAUUCAUGUCAUCGGAAGCUACCAGGUAUAUGCCAUGCCCGUUUUUGACAUGAUUGAGAGGGUAUUGGUGAAAAGGUUUAAGCUUCCACCAGGACUUGCACUCCGACUCAUUGCCCGUACUACUUACGUUGCACUCACUCUCUUCAUCGCUGUGACCUUUCCUUUCUUUGGAGAUCUUCUAGGCUUCUUUGGAGGCUUUGCAUUUGCACCUAAUUCCUUUUUCCUCCCAUGUACAAUCUGGCUAGCAAUCAAGAAACCAAAGAGGUUUAGCAUUUCAUGGAUGGUGAAUUGGACAUGCAUAUUUAUGGGGUUGCUCAUCAUGUUCGCCUCCACCAUCGGUGGCUUCCGGAAUAUCAUCAUCGAUGCUUCCACAUAUCAUUUCUAUUCCUAAACAAUAGUAACAAUGCUUCCUUCAUUUUAACCUUUCCUAUUGUAGAAGAAGUGUAAUAAAAAUAACGGUAUUUC